AUGAGACUAUUCGACUACCAUUUGGACGAGCAGUUGAACGGGCUUAUAACAGUUGAACAUGUAGAAGUUUCUAUAGACUAUCUUGGCUGGAAAACUGAAAAAGGCCAAUGUAAAUCGACAAAUUGUCUUGAUGAUGUUUUGCGGCUUACUGAUAAUAGAAAACAUCAAGUUCAACAAAUAUGUGCUAAUGAAGGAAGUGAUCUUCAAAGAUCUUGUGGUGGGAUUAGUAAAUGUGUAGAAACAUGUAAUCACUAUGCAAAUGAAUAUAACAGUAAGAAUCCUCUUGAUAUGCACAAGUGCAGUGUACGAGUUAUUACUGAGGUUAUAAUUUCUGAAGUUGAUACCGAUUUUCCAGUGCAUAUGAUUAUUAAAGGAAACCAUGUUCCACAAAAUAUUAUCCAAGAAAAAACUGUGCUGUCUCGAAUUAAUUUGAACACAAAUGCACCUGAAAAUAGUUCAGAGAGAUAUUAUCAACUUACCUUGAGUGAUGAUUUAUGGCUUCAACAAGCACGUGACUUUG